AUGGCCUCCCUCGCGUGGAUUCACGCUUUCGGGCUGGUGGAUCUCCCUCUUCUUCGACUCGACUCGCUACUGUCUUGUCUUGCCAUCUUCUCGGCUCGCCAAAUUUAUUGCCUGUCGCUGAUAAUCAAGAACGGAAGACAAGAUGAUCUUCCCGAAGAAUCCGAUAGCGAAGCCGCCAUAGGCAGCGACAUGAACGGAUUCGCACGGAGCUCUGACUUAUGGGGACUGGCACUAAGUCAAACGUAUGGAUCUGAGGUUCCCUUUGAUAAUUUACAGCAAAGCCAAUGGUAUUGCGGCGUAGCCUCUGAUCAAGCACGUCUUCUGAUUAUCCUGGAAGACGACCAGGCAAAGAAGCAGGGUCUUACAGUGACCUACCUGAGACUCAAAACAAAUCACAAACAUAAAUGCAAAAAAACAAAAUCACAGAUGGAGGCGUAUGAGCAGAUGCGGCACCUGCACACACUGUCUUGUCUUUCUUCGGCUCCCUUCUGGAACCCAAUGGGUAGAGAAGAGGAAAUGAAAACCACCGGCAAUUUCAGAUCUACACAAGCGAAAUAUAAGAGGCCAACAAACGCGAGUCUUUCGGGAAAAGUACGAUGUUGA